CUAAAAUUAUAUUUCAUCGCUUCAUUCUUCAGAUAUAAUUUAUUUAUUUACCAUGUAGUCCCUUUAACUUACCAGGCAGAGAGUCGCACGUUUUUUAGAGAAGUCAAUUUACUUCAAUUUCCUCAUUUCCGUUUGACUAAAAAUUCAAACGGAAACGGAUCUACGAUUUAAUUUUUUAAAUGUCACUAGUCGUUUCACUCCUAUCAAUCUCUGACACAAUCGUCAUUCCUUUUUCGUGCGAGGCAGAGUGCGCACGCGUCGACUUUAAAAAUGCCGAAGCGUACUGCUGAAGAAAAAAUAGAGCGUUAUAAUAGGAAAAUACAACGGCUUCAGGAGAAGCAGCAGACAAAGCGAACGUGUUCCAGACGGAUAAUUUCGUCUGAUUCUGAGGAUGAACAGCUUCAAGAACCCGAAGAGGUUGUUAAUACAAAUGAGGCUUAUAUUUACGAGGAAUCAAUUCCUGAAAUAGCUUACUAUGAGCCCCUUCCGGGAUCAUCUACCGCAGAAGAUGCUAUUCAGCCCGCAGCUCCUGCUGUGAUUGAGACCGUGGCACCAGCGUCGGCCACGGCAGAUCCCUCGACUGUCGAAUGUCCAGUUGAAGAAGCUACAUCCGAAAUUAUUGUUGACCCCGAACUCUUGGCAGCCCUGGGCGAUUCAACAGCAGAAUCCCCUGAAUAUGGACCUAAAAUUCUUGAAAACUUAGCCAUGCUUUGGAACCCACUUUUAAAAAAGGGCAUGUCAAAAGAAAAUAAAGAGAAACUUUUUGAAAAUUACCCUAUUCCCGACAACUGUCGUUUGCUGCAAGCACCAAAAUUGAAUGCCGAAAUGUCACCAACAGUCCUAUCGGACAUGGUGCGUAAUCGUGACAAGAAACUGAUGCAUUUCCAGCAACAGCUUGGCCACGGCGUCACCGCCGUAAAUAGAGCAAUGGAUAUACUCCUUAAAACUGAUAAUAAAGCUGAAGCUUUGAAGCACCUGAGUGAUAGUUGCCGCAUACUAUCGGACUUUCAUUCCAUGUUCACUCAGUACAGGGUUAAGCUAAUAAAUCCUAGUCUAGACAAAUCAUUUUUGGCUAUUGUGCAAGAUACCGAACGUGAUGAAACAUUGUUCGGCAAUACAUUGGGCGAAAAGAUCCGAGCAUCUGGUACCAUACAUAAACAAGGCCUCCAGAUAAAGAAGAAUGUGCCAAACCAAAACAAACCAAUGCCUUCUACAUCAGGCCGCCCCAACCAGGGAAACUGGUCCGGGCCUCCACCUCGUUACCAUCAGCCAACAAACAGGGGGGGGCGAGGAGGUCCCAGGAGGCCCAUCAUGUCGGUAGUCCGCCGGCCUUACCCAUACCACCCGCCAGCGCCGCCGGCCCCUCAAGCGAGGAUGCCGUUCAGCAACCGGCCUCGUGCCCCGUUCCAGUAGUCCAGGUACACGCAGGCCGCGUACAACACUAUUAUGAUUGCUGGUUAAGAAUUACAAACAAUUCUGUGGUAUUGGAAUGGAUUCGAGAAGGUAUAAAGAUACCAUUUUGUAAACAAGUUUCUCAAAAUUCAGUUAACACAUAUUUAAAUCCUUUUGAUAAGAAUAAAAUGCAAUUAGCAAUUGAUAAUCUAUUGAAACUAGGCGCGAUUACACAGUGUAACCCAAAGAAAAAUCAAUAUUUGUCAUCGAUAUUUUUGGUAGAAAAAUCAAACGGUGGUAACCGUUUUAUUUUAAAUUUAAAAUCAUUAAAUAAAUUCAUUGAAAAAACUCAUUUUAAGAUGGAAGAUUUUCGAUCGGCUUCCAAACUGAUACCACAGAAUGGUUAUUUAGCAACGAUUGACCUUAAGGAAAGCUAUUUGCUUCUCCCUAUCUCCCCAAAACAUAAACAUUUUUUGCGUUUCCAAUUUCAACCAAGUGAUUCGGGACCUAUAGAUACUUACGAGUUCACAGCCUUGCCUUAUGGUCUUUCGGUAGCUCCACGAGUGUUCACUAAAGUCAUAAAAGAGGUUAUGUCUUAUCUGAGAAACCAGGGCUUCCUGUCCGUUAAUUAUCUUGAUGAUAUACUAUGUAUAGGCAAUACUUACAUUGAGUGUGCUCAGAAUGUUAACGAAACUAUAAAACUAUUACAAUGUUUAGGUUUCGUUAUAAAUUUUGAAAAAAGCGUGUUACAACCCCAAAAGGUAUGCAAAUUUCUGGGUUUUGUUUUUAAUACACAAGAUUUGACCUUAUCUUUACCCGAUGAUAAAAGCAGGAAUAUAUUUUCCUUAGUCCAAACAUAUAUGAAGCUACCAUCUUGCUCCAUACGAGAUUUCGCGCGACUGAUUGGUAUUCUAGUUGCCGCGUGCCCUGCAGUAAAAUAUGGUUGGGUCUAUACCAAGAUACUAGAACGACAAAAAUAUUUAAUGCUUAAAAAUUACCAGAAUUAUGAAACUAAAGUAAAAAUUCCAGCAAUAGUUUUAGAUGAUUUAAAAUGGUGGUCUGAUAAUAUUUUUUCUGCCAAAAAUCACAUGAGAAACUCUGAUUAUAAAUUAGAGAUUUAUUCCGAUGCGAGUAGAACCGGCUGGGGUGCCGUUUGCAAAGAUCAAAAGAUCCAUGGUAGUUGGAAAGCUUCGGAACAAGAAUACCACAUCAAUUACUUGGAACUUUUGGCUGCCUUCCUUGGAUUAAAGAGCUUUGCGUCAGAACUGUUAAAUUGUACUGUCCUGUUAAGAAUUGACAAUACAACGGCGAUAAGCUAUAUAAAUCGCAUGGGAGGGAUUCAGUUUCCCCAUUUAAAUAGCUUGUCUCGGGACAUUUGGCAGUGGUGUGAGAAGCGAGAUCUGUUCCUAUUUGCUUCCUAUGUCAAUACCAAGGAAAACCGCGCUGAUGCUGAAUCAAGACGUGUCAACCCUGACACUGAAUGGGAACUUUCAAAUGAAGCUUUCGCUCAUAUUUUAUCGAAAUUUGGUGAACCCGAAAUUGAUUUAUUUGCUUCUCGCACCAAUGCUAAAUGUCAUGUAUUCGUGUCAUGGAAUCAAGAUCCAGAAGCGUCAGCAAUCGACGCUUUUACAAUAUCGUGGUCAUAUAAAUAUUUCUAUGCAUUCCCUCCGUUUGCAAUACUUUUGAAAUGCAUUCGAAAAAUUAUAGAUGAUAAAGCCGAAGGUAUUUUAGUUUUUCCUUACUGGCCUUCACAGCCGUGGUUUCCACUUUUAAAACAAAUCAUGGUAUCAGAACUAUUUUUUCUAAACCCUCACAAGAUGCUAUUGCAAUCCCAUUUCAGAGACUGCCAUCCCCUUCACGAGAAGCUUACCCUGGCUGCCGUGAAAGUCUCAGGCGCGCGUUCAGCCAGCGCGGCUGCCCACCAGAAUCGAUUUCGUUAAUGCUGUGUUCUCUCUCUGACAGCACUUUGAAACAAUACAAUGUUAGUUUAAAAUCGUGGUGGCAGUUUUGCGAUAGUAAUAAUAUUGCCUACUUGGAAACCAAUAUCACUCAUGUGCUAUCAUUUUUGACAGAACAAUUUAAGAACGGUAACUCAUACGGUACUCUGAAUACACACCGUUCCGCACUAUCCUUAUUACUUGGUAGCGAAAUUGGGACAAAUGAUUGCGUAAAACGUUUACUUAAAGCAGUUUACAAAAGAAAACCAAGUCUACCCAAAUAUAAUGGUACUUGGGAUCCACAAAGAGUUUUAGAUUUUAUUUCAACUUGGUACCCAAAUACAAGUCUAAAUUUAGAAAAACUCACAAAGAAAGUUGUUAUUUUAUUGGCCAUAUGCACUGCUCAUAGAGUUCAAACUUUUUCAUUGAUCAAGAUUCAAAACAUUAAGGUAUCUCCAAAUGGUAUUCAGAUUGGAAUAACAGAUGUAAUCAAAACAUCCGCACCUGACCGCGAUCAGCCGGUAUUAAAUUUACCUUUCUUUCACGAAAAACCGAGCAUUUGUCCCGCUUCCGCUAUUUCAGAUUAUAUAACUGCAACCGAAAACUUAAGAUGUAACUCUUUAGAUUCUCUUUUGUUGACUUACAAAAAACCGCAUCGACCAGCUUCUAGUCAAACUAUUAGUCGAUGGAUUAAACAAGUACUGUCUGAGAGUGGUAUAGAUGUAACUAUCUUCGGAGCGCAUAGCGCCCGGCACGCCGCUACGUCGGCUGCCCGUAGAGCGGGUGCUAGCAUAGACAAUAUUAGACGUACGGCGGGUUGGACUGCCACAUCCAACACGUUCGCUCGUUUUUACAACAGACCAAUUCUCGAUACUAAU